UGGGCAGACCCGAAGUCAGCGGCAGCAGACGGUGGGCGGGUCAAGACGAGCCUCCGCACUGGCGCCGUGCCUCCGCCCCUGAUGCCCGCUGGCACUGACGGCGACGCCUCCUUCUGGCUCCCGAGACGCGUCCGCUCAGUUGUGAUGCCAAGGAGCUAGUCUCUGUGUCAUUUUCUGUUCGCAUCUCCAGUGAGCUAACCGCCUACCGCAGUCCUUUUCGCAAACUUAAUUCGUUUCGGCUACCAGUCUGCCGUCUCAACCACAUUCCUAAACGUCUCUGUCCCGUCUCCGUCCCGUCUCCGUUUCUCUCCGUUCCGUCUCCGUCCCGUCUCCAUCCCGUUUCUCUACACCGUUUCCUUCUUCCUAUCUCAUCCCAUCCUGUCCCAUCUCCGUCCCGGUUGUGAUGGGGGCGUCGGUGGCGCUGCGGUCGCGGCACGGCCUGCUGCUCUGCCUGCUGCAGUUGGUGUUUAUCGGGCUGUUCGCGGCUCUGGCCGUCUACCACCCGGACGCCGAUGAGACUCGGACCGUCUACCACCCGGACGCUGAUGAGACUCGGACAGGUCACGGAGACCAUGAGACCACGUCGGACGGCGCGGCCCACUCGAGGAUCUACCCCAUGUUCCAAGACGUCCACGUGAUGAUUUUCAUCGGUUUCGGUUUUCUGAUGACGUUUCUGAAGCGCUACGGUCUGAGCUCGGUCAGCGUCAACUUCCUGGUGGCCGGCCUGGUGCUGGAGUGGGCCAUCCUCGUCAACGGGCUCUUCCACCUGCACCACGGCAAAAUCCAGGUGGAUGCCAACAGUCUUCUUGGGGCGGACUUCACGGCGGCAGCGGUUCUGAUUUCGUUUGGAGUCGUCCUCGGCAAGACCUCCCCUUCUCAGCUGAUCGUCAUGGCCCUUCUCGAGGUUCCGAUUUUCGUCAUCAACGAAGUGAUUGGACGAAAAUACCUGAUGGUCACCGACAUGGGGGACUCCAUGUUUGUGCACGCGUUCGGCGCCUAUUUCGGCCUGGCUGUCAGCUUCGUGCUGUACAGAAAGGACAGCGAUAGCGACAACGCCGGCUCCAGCAGUAACUCGGACCUGUUCUCAAUGAUCGGCACGCUGUUCCUGUGGUGUUUCUGGCCGAGCUUUAACUCCGCGCUGGCGGUCGGGGAUGACCAGCACCGAGCUGUCAUCAACACCUACCUGUCGCUGGCGGCCAGCUGUGUCACCACCUUCGCCGUGUCGGCGCUCUUCCACAGGCAGGGGAAGUUCACAAUGGAGCACGUGCAGAACGCCACGCUGGCUGGCGGAGUGGCGAUCGGCACAGCGGCAGACAUGGCAGUCCAGCCGGUCGGGGCUCUGAUCGUCGGCACCAUAGCCGGAGCCAUCUCAGUCGUCGGCUUCGAAAAAAUCACGCCGGCGCUGGCCAAGCACUGCCGCGUGCACGACACGUGCGGCGUGCACAACCUGCACGGCCUGCCGGGCGUGCUGGCCGGCGUGGUGGGCGCCGUGCUGGCGGCGCUGGCCACUGAGGAGCAGUACCACUCCAGUUUGUACGUGCUGUUUCCGGCGAUGGCUCCUGCCUCCAACAGCUCCAGCUGGGAGCAGUUGCCGCCGGAGUGGGGCGUGGCUGCCGGCUCCGGUCGGUCGGCUGCGGCCCAGGGCGGUAUGCAGAUGCUCGCCCUGGUCAUCUCACUCAUCAUCGGCGUUCUGGGCGGCGCGCUGACAGGACUGAUAAUGCGGCUGAAGUGUUGGGACCAGCUGCAGACUGAGGAUCUCUUCAGUGACCGCCGCUUCUUCGUGGUGCACUGUGAGGACGAACCGGAGGUCCCCCGCUCAGGUCACACCGAGGAGCCCGAUACGAGGCUGUGAGAAACUGAUGGUCGGCGGUGGACGGUUAGGUACUCUGCCCCGCUGACAGCAAACGACCGGCGACGGAUGUAUGGAGAAAUGAUGGAGUCUCAGGAGACUACUUUGGCUAGUGGAUUGAGGGAGGGCGAGAGAGAGAGAGAGAGAGAGAGAGAGAGAGAGAGAGAGAGAGAGAGAGAGAGAGAGAGAGAGAGAGAGAGAGAGAGAGAGAGAGAGAGAGAGAGAGAGAGAGAGAGAGAGAGAGAGAGAGAGAGAAGUGGGCACGACUGGCAAAGUGAGUUAUUCAGAUUGACGAUGAGGUAUCGGCAUGCUUAGUUGCACUGACGUUGACAUGUUUUCGCGAGUUUCUGCUGGCAGCGACAGAGUUUAGGUGCAAGCGCUGAGCUCAGGCUCCAUUGAAUAAGUAGUAAGUUGUUACAAAAUAGCGAUCGGUGUCGGCAGGGUAACAAGAUGCACAUCAAAGUGUCCUCUAGAUGCACAUGCAUAUUGGUAGCAUGCAAAUAUUGUGUUUGUGCAUGUAUCCAUUGAAUACAUUGGUAACCUUCAUAAAAC